UAAUAAACGUCAAAGUGACGUAUUAAAAUAAAACAUAACCUAAAUUUUUGUUAUACCAAGUUUUUUUCAAUAAAUUCGUAAUUUUUGUCGAUAAUUUCAUUAAAAAUGACUCCCAAAUUAGAUUUAAAAUCGAAUUGAAGCCACAAAAAGAUUCGCUAAAAAACGAUAUAAAAGUAAUUUGUGUUGCGUUGUCAAAAAAAUCCAUAACCUCUUCUAACGGUGUAAUCGCAAAUAAAGACGAGUUUUUAAGAUAAAAUCGUGUCGAUGUUAUUAAACACGAUGAGAUAAAUCUUUGAAGAUUUAACCGCGAUUAAGUUAUUAAAUUUUGUUGACGUUUUUAAUAAUUUUUCGCUUAAAUUGCAAACGUGGCUAAUUUUAAGGUUACCCAAAGUGAUUGAUCAACAAAUUUUUAACUAAAUCCACGUAUUCACACAUUCAACAAUGGAAGAAACAGGAAUGUUAAUCUCUUUAGUUAUUGUAAUGUUAAUCGGGAGUUAUUUAGCCGGAUCGAUUCCGUUAUUUUUUAGUUUUUCCGAGGAGAAAUUAAAAAGAAUUACAGUGUUAGGGGCAGGCCUUUUAGUCGGAACAGCUUUAGCGGUGAUAAUUCCAGAAGGAGUUCGUGCUUUAACCUUCGAUAACCACGAAAUAACCCCCACGGUGUCUCAACCAACGCAACAUAACGAUCCUUUUUCCGUGAUUGGAAUUAGUUUAGUACUUGGAUUCGUUUUUAUGCUAUUAGUGGAUCAAAUUUCGCAAAAUCGGAACGAACAUUUAAACCCUUCGGAACGAAAUAUCACCGCCACCGUUGGUUUAGUGGUGCAUGCAGCAGCUGAUGGAGUCGCCUUGGGUGCUGCAGCCACCACAAGUCAUGCCGACGUCGAAAUAAUCGUAUUUUUAGCAAUUAUGCUACACAAAGCCCCCGCAGCUUUUGGAUUAGUUACAUUUUUAUUGCACGAAGGGAUCGAAAGGCAACGAAUUAGGAAACAUUUAUUGAUUUUUUCAUCCGCGGCUCCUCUAUUAACGCUUUUAACGUACUUUGGGAUCGGAAAGGAGCAAAAGGAGACUUUAACUUCGAUGAAUGGAACAGGGAUUGCGAUGUUAUUUUCGGCCGGGACGUUUCUUUACGUGGCUACGGUUCAUGUUUUGGCGGAAUUAACCCAAAACGUUCACCACAACUACUCGAAAUUACAAAACGUCGAAGCGAACGUGGUAAAUAUCGGUUCGAAAGGGUUGAAAUUCGGCGAAUUGUUGAUUUUGGUGUUGGGGUGUUUGAUGCCGUUGGUUUUAUCGAUCGGGCAUCACCACUAAUUUAUUAAAUAACUUGUAGGUUAUCAAAAAAAAAUAAUUUUAAAAUUGUAUGCUUUAUAUUAGGGUUAAAAUUAAUUGAAAAAAGUAUUACUUUUAAAAUUGAACGAUGUAAAUAUUUAUAUUUUUUGUAUAUUGUAUAUAAUUGUAUCGUAAAUGAAGACGAUUAGAACAAAAAAUAAUGUUAAUAUUAAUAUUGGUCUGGAUUUUAAUAAUAAACGAUUUUUUAUGAAAU